UCAUACACUAAACGUCCCCUUUUUACGUACGUCACUUCCGCCUUUCUUUCUGGCGUCCAUCUUGCUUCCCGCAUGUGUUUGCUGUUAGUUUACAGAUGAAAGAAACAAUAAUGAAUCAAGAGAAAUUAGCUAAACUGCAGGCGCAGGUCCGCAUCGGAGGAAAGGGCAGCGCUCGGCGAAAGAAGAAGGUGGUGCACCGGACGGCCACGGCGGACGACAAGAAGCUGCAGUUCUCCUUGAAGAAACUCGGGGUCAACAACAUCUCCGGCAUCGAGGAGGUGAACAUGUUCACCAACCAGGGCACGGUGAUCCACUUCAACAACCCCAAAGUGCAGGCGUCGCUGGCCGCCAACACAUUCACGGUGACGGGCCACGCCGAGACCAAGCAGCUCACAGAGAUGCUGCCCGGCAUCCUCAACCAGCUCGGCGCCGACAGCCUCACCAGCCUCAGGAGGCUCGCCGAGGCCUUGCCCAGACAAGCCACAGACGGCAAAGCGCCCAUCGCCACCGUAGAAGAAGACGACGACGAAGUACCAGAUCUGGUGGAGAACUUUGACGAGGCUUCCAAGGAUGAAGCAAACUAGAGGACCAAGUGGGGACCGAUACGUCCGAGUCACAGUGAUUGUGUGUAAGAUAUUUUUCCUCCGCGUUAUUGUUCAUACGUGGCCUCCUUAAAAAAAAAAAAACAGUGUCUGCAAUAAUUAAAAAAAAAAAAAAAAGUAUAGCUGGUGUCAAUCAUGUUCAACUUUUCUUUUAACAACCAUGCAGACUUACAGUAAAAGAGCUUUUUUACAUUUGUCUGUUCUUGGAAUGAUGUGCAGUACUGUUGUUUAGAGUGGAAGAAUAAAAGAAAGAUGGAGUGGAAA